AGGGAGCGAGCGAGAGAGAGCAACCGGCUGGCAGGCCGAGAGAUCAGAAGGCCGACUGAAGACGCGGUGCGAGCGAGACAGGAGGAACGCAAGAACCACCGGAUUUAAUAGACGGGAGCGUGCAGGAGCAUCUUUUGAUUCUUAAAAAUCUGUCCCGCGCCCGCGCUCGCGCUUGACCCCCGCCUGCCUGCCUCCUUGCUCGCUGCUAAGGAGACGAGUGCGAGUGCGAGAGCGAGAGCGAGCUAGCGGACCCGGAGUCGGAGACGAGAGGAGGAGGAGGAGGAGGCAGCAGGAGGAGGACCGCUCGAGGCACGAGCAGGAUGAUGCCAUAGACGCGGUGGGCGUCGAGCACUUCGGUGCGACCGAGUCCGAUGAGUUCCAGCUUGUGCUCGUGGGUGUGCAUUCGCUUUGCGACGAUGCGCAGGGCAGUGCGUCCGGGAACUGGGCGGAGCAGGGCGUAGGUGUGUGAAUUAGGUUAGAUUUACGGCCUGGGAAACAGGAGCAGGAGCAGGAGCAACUUGGUGUUCGUACUCGGGAGGAAGCAUGUGCGGCUUCUGUGUUUUCCUUUGAACGAGUGUUGAACGGCGACAUGGUUUUGUGGUCCGUGAAGUGGAGGAGGAGCGUUUGAGGAUGCGACGCCCUGUUAGAGUUUAGCAUCCAACAUGGAUUACAACAAUCAGUCUGACUCUAGCGGUACAGACGAUGAUCUUCCUCCAAGCCAUUCGAACCGAGGAGCGCGUGGUGGUGGAAGGCCUAGUGGCAAUGGAAGGGCAGCCGGUGCAUCUGUGUACGGACGGUCUCAACCUCCUACAGCAGAUCAGCAAAUAAGGAAGUUGGAGCUUGAUGCGUAUACCGCUGUACUACGUGCUUUCGGAGCCCAGUCUGAGGUUAUAACAUGGGCUAAGGAGCGGCUCAUGUCUGAUCUUCGGAAAGAGCUUAGAGUUCCAGAUGAGCAACACAGGGAACUCUUGGGAAGAGUCGCGGGUGAUGACACGCUUCGACAAAUCAGAGAAUGGAGACCGGUUGAUGAAUCUGCCCCUCCACCAAGUGCACCUCCUCCAGUCUUGCUUGAUCCUUCGCCCAGUCCUGCUGUUUCACAAUCUCGGAAGAAGCAGAAAACAACUCAUGUAGCUCAAGUGACCACACCUUUGCCACCACCACCGCCUCCGCCUGUGCUGAAACCUGCGCCAAGUGCAGCUCCUGCCGUUCCCUCACCCGCUCCUUCUAAAAGAGGUGUUCCUGUCGGGCCUAGAGGCAAGAAAAGCAAGAUGGGUCGUCAGCCGCCUGUGGUUGCAGCAAGCACCCCCAAAGCUCCUGUGGGAGUUCCUGCUUCUGGCAGGAAUUCUAACUUAGGGCGAGGACCGGCUCCAGGCAGAUCUGGCGCUGGAGCAGAGGCCGCGUCUGACUCAUAUUUAGGGAAGAGAGUGAAGACCCGGUGGCCAGAUGACAACACUUUCUAUGAGGCGGUGAUUACGGAUUACGAUCAAGAAAAGGGUAAGCAUGCACUUGUGUAUGACAUGGGUACUGCACAGGAGACUUGGGAGUGGGUGAACUUGAAGGAGAUGUCAAAAGGUGACAUGAAGUGGGUGGAAGGUCCACCAAUAUCCCUUGUGAACAAGCCCUCCGGACCGCCUGCUUCUGUGGGUCGUGGUGGAGGACGCGGCAUGAAGAGGGGAGGUAGUGCUAGGGGUGGUUCAGUUGCUGGCGCUGGGAGGGCACGGGGUAGUGCUCGAGGUCAACCACCGGCUGCCACAGCCGCAAUUGUGCCAGUUGCACAAACGAGGUCGUGGAGGGGUGCACCUGGCGCCGAAAAUGGUCUAGAGAGGAAGGGGAGUCGAACUUUGCAAAUACCGAUCAUCGACCCACUUCUCAAGGAGGCCGAGAACCUCGAUGAAAUUGUGGACAUCGAGAAGCUGGAGAACUUGAAGCGGAAAGCUAAGGCCCAAGAAGAAGCUCUUCGUGCUGCUUUGGUGGAGCUUGGUGAGUCUUCAGAAGAGGCAGAAAGUGAUGAUGGCGCACAUGGUCCAUCCUCCCACACACGAUCAGUUGAUAGAGAGAGGGUGAAUCGGAGUCGUCAAGAUAGCAGGGAUCGGAGAGAGGAUACAGACGAGGAGGAAGAUACAGCUGGUGAUGGAAGGGGUGAGGGAUCCGACGGGGAACCAGUCGUUGGAGAAGGUGGGGGGGCCUCGGAUGGUGAACACCAUGGGGCCGAGGAAGGGGAGGAGGACGAUGAAGAUGGAUAAACUGUACCGGUGUGUAGACUUUCCGACGUUGUUACUUUUCCCUUUCAUCAUGUGCCUAAUGGAUUGACAUCUGGAUUCGCCAAGAGAUCUCUUGUGCUGUGUCCUCCGUAUCUACAUAGUAACUGAAUGCAAGGCUUGCAAGGCUAAGUUGGAGAGGAGACCAGGGGAUGAUGGAGAAGGCAGAUGAGUCGGGGAAUUUAUUCUGAAAUCAUCUGCCUGAUGGAUUCAAUCCUGCAAGUCAGAAUCAUGCAAACUAACCCUGCCACAAUUGUGGACCCUUUGAAGGUCUAUGCUAGAAACUAUUAGGGAUUUUCAUGGGAUAGGACAGUAUUGAGCUGGUGUCAGCAAUCGUACGACAGAUCAGGUUUACCUUGAUCAUGCUUUCAUCAGCACUAGAGUUGGGGUUAAUAUGUUCCUGAUUGUAGCCUGUCAGCUGUAGGUUUCGUUAAACGGUUUCCCACAGGUAAAGUCACAAUGUGUUGUGUAUCUGGAACUGCGAUGGCUUUACUAACAUCGCCCUUGUAAAUGUUUUUGAGACGCUCUCUAAUUUUGAGAUUGCACUGAUCCGGGCGCUGCUCUACGAUACUUGUGGUGAACCACCUGCAACAUGUACAGUAAGUACCUACCUCAAAAACUACCCCGGUAGACUUCCCAUCCUUUUCUUCAUGUGCCCAGGGAGGAGUUUAUAUCGGUCAAGCUGAAUUCUUGAAAUGACUCUUACAUUGUACAUUAUUCCGACCAUAUACGGGCAGUGAGAUUUGUCGAGGUUAUGAGACUUGAGUCACACCAUCACAUGGCCUGCCAUUAGUUUUCGUCAGCCGAGGGCCGUGAUGCGUCGCGUCUGUCAGAUUUUUAGCUCAGACCAAUUCACUUCACACUUUCCGUUUCACAGCAGUCGAAGGAAAUCUCUUAAAAGCCUAGGAAGUUAUCAGAUUAUUUAUUAUCUGCUCUGUGGGUGAAGAGAGUUAUCAUUCGAUGCGUCAAGCUUUCUGGCACUAAGCUAGGUAGAGAAACAACCUCAUUGUUUUCGUUUGUGACAGAAAUUUGUCACACGAUCAAAUUUCGAUUCGAAGAAAUAUCACUGAUACUGU